CGGUAGUUUCCGAAAGUAUUACUUACCGGCUGUUAAGAUAUCGAUGCUAUGCAACAUAAUUCUUGCAUUGGGUGCAGAGGGAGAUAAAGAACAGAUUGGCAGGAAACAGCAAUUCAGUGGAUUUGCUCAAGUGAAGGAAUACUUUUCUGGGAUCUUUUAAUAGGAACCAAGCAGUGACAAUUCCAGGGACCGGUUCAAAAACAUGGACCAUACCCCUGCUUCAGCUAUCACACAAGCAAAAAAAGAUCUUGUAACAUCAAUUAAAGAGAAGCUUGAAGCCGUUUCAUCUUUGAAAUCCAUCUUCAGAGUCCCCGAGAAACUCCUGGAAGCAAAUGAGAAGAUGUACAUCCCUAGCACAGUGUCAAUUGGUCCUCUCCAUCAUGGCAAGGAGGGUCUAAAAUACAUGGAAGAUCGCAAGUGGCAUUACCUCUUCACACUUCUGAGUCGACAACCAAAUCAGCUUGAAUCAAGCUUGCACGAAUUUGUGAAUGCACUAAGCGAUUUAGAGAAGCCAGCACGAAAUUUCUAUGCAGAAGAACUCAAUCUCACAUGCAAUCAAUUCAUGGAGAUGAUGUUAGUUGAUGGGUGUUUCAUCAUUGAGCUUUUCUUGAAAUAUUCUCUAGAGGGUAUAAGGCGCCGUGGGGAUCCCACGUUUACAACGCCAGGGUUACUCAAUAGGUUGAGGUGCGACCUUAUAUUGCUAGAAAACCAAAUACCAUUCCUCAUUCUUCAAAGGUUGUUUCAAAUUGUGCUCAUUCCAAUAAAAUAUGACCUUACCCUGACCCUCUCAGAGCUUGCUGUUCGUUUCUUCAGAAAAAUGUUGCCAGGGGAUAAGGAAAUUGUUAAUGAGAAGUUUAGCCAAGAGGGUUAUCAUUUGCUUGACUUAAUUCGUCAUUGUUUCCUACCAACCUAUGCAAGAGUAAUGUCCAAAAGAAGUGUAUCUCAAGGUGAUCUUGAGACUGAGAGUGCAACAAAGCUCAAGAAAGAUGGUAUUAAGUCCAAGAGUUCCAAAGCCAAGAGCCUGCUAAACAUUAAAUUUGCAAAUGGGGUGCUUGAAGUUCCUUCCUUCACACCCCAUCAUCAUUUUACAGAAAUGCUGUUUUCCAAUCUGAUAGCAUUGGAGCAGCACCAAAAUGAUAGCCAACCGUUCACAUCUUAUGCCUUUUUAAUGAAAGCCUUGGUCUGCAAUGAAAACGAUGUGAAGUUGUUCCGCAACCGAGGGAUUGUGAUCAUGGAUAAUUACACGGAGAAAGAAGUUUGUGAUCUGUUUAAGAGGUUGUGCGGGAAAGUGGAAUAUGGGGAGGACAAGUUCUAUUUUGCAGGGCUAAUUGAACAAAUUUUUGAGUAUAAAAGAAUCCCGAGAUCGUGGAGGAAGAUAUUGAAGUUCAGUUGGCUUAAAACUCGUACUUCUACAUGAUGUCAAUUUGGAGUACGUUGUUGUUUACUUGUUGCAAAUGUGCUCCAUGCUGUGCACACUCUCUCUUGCCUUAUCGUGUGCUCGGUUAAAUGUGAUUCUCACCAAUUUUUAUGACACUUUAUUUGUCUUUUUCAUAAAUUAAAAAAGGUAGUUAUAUGUUAUAUAGUGAUUCAUCCGUAUAUAUGAUCGGGAGCAUGUAAUAAUUUCUCACAAAGUUGAGCAUCCCGUGUCUUUACAGUCCCAAGUGCUUACACUUUCGCUACUGAUUGCUAACAUGUUAUUGAUGCAAGUUAAUUGACCUUAUA